AUGAAGAAUGAAAAGAGUGAAAGAAAGAAAAAAAAAAUAAGAAAGAAAGAAGAAAGGGAGAAAGAAGACAUAAAACAAUCUCCACACAACAACAAAUCUUCUUUCCCUUUCUUAUUCUCCCAUGCUGUUGACAACAAGAAAGUCAAAAUCUUGACCCCUUCUUCAUUCUUGGGUCAAAAUUGCAAAAGGUUAAUUAAUCAGAAAUCGAUGGGUAGAUUCGGUAAAGCAAUCAAAGCAGUGAAGGAUCAAACCAGUAUCCGGCUAGCCAAACACGGUCACAAAGCGUCAUUAGCCGAUCUCGAUGUCGCAAUCCUCAAGGCCACAUCGCACGACGAAAACCCCCCCGAUGAGCAUCUCAUGGUCGAAAUCUUAACCCUAACAACCGAUUCGCCUCUCUACGUCGCAUCAUGCGUCAACACCAUAUCUCGUCGUCUCAGCAAAACCAGAAACUGGAUCGUGGCUUUAAAAACGUUAAUGUUGGUUCAACGACUCCUCCACGACGGUGGUCCGGCGUACGAGCAGGAGGUGUUCUUCGCGACACGGCGGGGGACUCGGCUAUUGAACAUGUCGGAUUUUAGGGAUGCUCUGAAAUCGAGUACGUGGGAUUACGCGGCGUUUGUUCGAGCGUACGCUUUGUUUUUGGAUGAACAACUUGAGUAUAAGAUGGAAGGGAAGAAAGGAAUACGUGAAUUCUCGCAAGAUCUUGAGCAACAUGAGUUCAUGAUUCAAGGGAGGAAAGGAAAGCAUGGAUCGCGAUCGCAUGAUCUGGAUCAGCAAAUUGAGUUUGAGAUGCAAGGGAGGAUCGGAAGACAUGGUUCGUGUUCGUAUGUGCAAGAGGGAGGAGAGCUUACGUUAUCUGCAGCUGUGACUGUACCUGUUCGUGAAAUGACCAUGGAUCAGCUCUUUGCUCGGGUUAAUCAUUUGAUGCAAUUACUUGACCGCUUUCUCGCUUGCCGCCCUGCAGGUGGAGCAAGGAUUCAAAGGUUGGUGCUUCUAGCUCUAUACCCGGUUUUAAUACAAAGCUUCCAACUUUAUAAAGACAUUGUAGAAAUCAUGGGUGUCUUGAAAGACAAAUUCGAGACCGAUGAUCUCAAUGUGUCACAUUCCGUGAAGGUCUACGGUAUUUUCCGGCGAGUGUCAAAACAAUACGAGGAACUCGACAUGUUUUAUUAUUGGUGCAAAAAUGCUAGCAACGCAAAGAAUGUCGAGUAUCUAGAAGUUGACAAUAUUUCACAAAAGGAUUUAGACGCCAUGGAUGAACGUGUGAAAGAGAAAUCAGGAGUGACAAACUAAAUCGUUGUGUUAGACCUAGAAGGGGCAGUUUUGGUAUUUCACACAAGUUAGUUGUUGUAUAUAUAUCGACCGAGUAAUGUAAUAGGUAGACUUAUAUUGAUUUUCAAAUUUUAAUCACCAAAGUUAUCAAGUAAGGCAAG